GAAUAAACUUAUAUAAAAUAAUUAUGUACAACAACUUAACAGACUCAAGCGACAAUAGAGCUAAGAGAGGGAUCUCCUUACCUAAAAAUAGAGGAAGAAUUGCCCAGCCAAGGCCCUUAAUGCUUCAAAAGACAGCUUCCUCACCAGAAAGAGAUCCUAAUACUAGCACUAAGUAAAGGAGUAAGCAAUAUUGAAAUGGAUUAUCGGCAAUCGGUAAAUAAGAAAUCCCAUAAAGUGAAUUCCGUUAAGAAAGCAGCCAUUGAUGGCUUAAAACAAGAUGGAAAAGCACACAGGUCCCCAGUUCCAAGUAUGGGGAACUACAAGCAUGAAUCCUUCAGACAGCCAAAUUUAAACCAUAAAGGUUUCAGCGCUAACUCAGAUUCUUUACGCGGCAAUGGAGCAAAAAUUAGGUCUGAUAAGACCCGUGACUACAUCAAUGAUAGGAAAACGGGUAAUAUGAUUCAAAAGUAUCAGCUCGAGAAGAGGAUAAGCACCUCUGUUUCAACAAAAUCUAAGACCUCAUCAGGAUACGCUCCUAUUAGCGAUAAAAGAGGACCUUCUGGAGCAAUCCCUAACUUCAAGAAGACAAAGGCUAUCAAAAAUAUCAGAGGAAAAUCAAUGAAAGGCAAAAGAGAAGGCUCUUUCUUAAACAGCUACAAAGUCGAAGAGUGAUCAGAUGAAGAAUCACAGGAAAGUGGACCUGUCUCCUCUGAUUACUCUGAUAGUGAACUUGAGACUAAUGAAGAAACAAAAGCACCUGAAUUUGCUAGAGGUCUGCGAAAAGACAAUAUUUCAUCGGCUCAUCCAAAUCGGAGAGGAAAAAUCAAUAAGGCUGAAUCAUCCAAACGAAGUGAUAGUAUCCCUUCAAUGAGCAGGCAUGCCAGAAGGAACAAAAAGAUUCCUGGAAGUGUGAGGAAGCCUACCAACAAUACUAUCUCAAUCAUCAAAUCACCUAUUGAAGGUGGAAGCGAAAAUAUCUUCUUCAGUUACCCCAAAUAUGUGGGUGAAGACAAAGAAUACAAUGGAGAAUUAGUUGAAUACAGCCAGAAAGACAUGAAAAAGUGCAAACUAGUCCUGAAGAUAGCAGAGAGCACCCACAUUUAUAACUCUGUGGUAAACUCAUGCAAGAAUGCAGGAUUUUAUCUCACUGAUGUUGGAAAGGACUGGAAUUUAUUAUGGACAUCUUCAAAUAAAACUGAAAUCCUCAGAACAAUGAAUAAGUUCCAACGGAUGAACCAUUUCCCAGCUGGGUAUCAGUUAGGAAGAAAAGAUCUGAUGUGGAAGAAUAUAUCAAAGCAGAAGCGAAAGUUCGGAAGUGAAUACAACAUUUGUCCGAAGACCUACAUCUUCCCUCAUGAUUACAGGAGAUUUAUUAUCGAUGCCAAGGCUAAAGAGAACAAAAAGGCUUUAUACAUCAUGAAACCAGUAGCUUCAAGCUGUGCUAAUGGAAUAAAAAUUCUGAAUGCUCAAAUGGGACUCCCCAAAAAUAAAAAGGGUUAUUUGAUAAGUAAAUAUAUAUCCAGGCCCCACUUGAUUAAGGGAUUUAAGUAUGACAUGAGAAUCUAUGUCCUAGUCACCUCCUAUGACCCUCUUGUAGUGUACAUGUACAAGGAUGGACUGGUUAGAUUCUGAUCUGAAAAGUACUCUCUAAAUUCUAAAUCGUUCAAGAGAUUCAGCCACCUCACAAACUAUAGCGUUAACAAGAAAGCAGAGAAUUAUAAAUAAUAAUUGUGGCAAAGAAGGUGAAGAAAAUGAUGGUGAGGAGAAAAUGCUAUCGAAAUGGAGCUAUAAGCAGCUCAUGAACUACUUUACAGAAAAAGGCCAUGAUUGUCUUGAGGUUGAUUCUGAAAUAAAAGAUGUAUUAAUAAAAACAUUGAUGUCAGUUGAGCCUCACAUAGUCCAUCAACAGAAUAUGUACACGAGGAAUAAGAAUUGAUGAUUCGAACUCUAUGGGUUCGACGUUAUCCUUGACAGCAAACUCAAACCAUGGAUUCUUGAAGUAAAUGUCAGUCCCAGCUUAAGUUCCUCGUCCUUAUUUGACAAGAAGCUUAAAACAAGACUCAUCUGAGACACCCUGACUCUCGUCGGUGUGAAACCGUACAACAAGCAAAAGUUCAAGCAGAACCAAGAAAAGCUGGCCUCUAAGAACAGAGUAAAUGGGUUUGCAAAAGGGUCAGCUUACUACGAGAGCAAGUCGGCGUCAAUGCACUCUGGAGCUGGAGGCGGCCAGGAAGUGCUGAACGAGUUUAUUGAGCAAAGCACAAGAACAGGGAACUUUGAACUAAUUUUCCCAUUGGACAUAAAUGUAGAAUAUUACUCACAGUUCUUCGAGAAAGAUAGACCCAACAAUGAGAUGCUUCGCAGGUACCUAAAAUAAAAUAACAGUUCAACUUUCCCACUAAUAA